AUGUACAGAGAGUUUCGUCUUCCGAAUGCAACUAGAGGACUGCAUUUUGCCGGAGAUGACAAGUCCAAGCCUUUAAUUCUUUUCAUACCGGGAAAUCCGGGGCUCAUUGACUAUUAUCACGAGUUCUUGAAACGUUUAAGCCUGGCGGGAUAUGAAGUGUGUGGGACGGAUCAUCUUGGAUAUCAUGAAUCAGAUUCCAAGAUUUACACUCUUGAAGAACAGAUUCAGCAAAAAUUAGAGCUUCUGAAGGUCUUGAGCCUUGAAAGGAAGGGUUAUUCCACACGGAAACUGAUCCUGAUUGGUCAUUCAAUGGGUUGUUGGUUACUACAAAGAAUUUACAUUGCAGUGAUUCAAGAUGAGACGUUAUCCCAAAGUUACCAAGUGGUCUUUAACGGACUUUUGACUCCCACAAUAAAUGAUAUCGGUUUGUCCAGAAAAGGGGUCCCCUUUACAUGGGCGUAUCAGAAGUCAUUGAUUCCAUCAGCAGUGUGGGUACAUGGGCACUUUGGGAGGGUGAUGUCAUGGUCUGGAUUGUCUCGAUACCUUAACCCAUUAGUUCAUAAUGUCGUUUCAUGGGUUCUGAAGACUGAAGACUCUCAUUGCAUUGAUAGCACAAUUGAUUUAACCACAAAUAACCAGGUUUUGAACCAGACGUUGUCUAUGGCGUACGAAGAAAUGCAACGAAUCGACAGCGACUACGAGAUCAACACCACAUUUCUCAACACAUGUCAAGAUAAAGGGACAACUUGUUGGUUGUUUCAUGUUGAAAAUGAUCCUUGGUGUAGCUCAUUAACACGGGAUCAACUCACUGAAUUUUGCAAACAAUUCAACUUUAUCAGUAUAGACAUUUUACCUGAUUGUGCACAUAGUUUCACAUUGAACCCGAACCACAGAAAAGAGGUGCUGUCGAUGUUACAGAAACAGUUGGAUCAAUUGAGCUGUUAG